AUGAAGCUAAAUGACAUAAUGGACGACUUAUCUGGGAGAUUUCUUAUGCACUUGACUGCGGAGGAGUACAAGAACACGGAGAGGCUGUUUUUCCAGGUUGAGGAGGCGCACUGGUUUUACCAGGACUACUACAGGAGGAAGCACAACCUGCCGUAUUUGAAUCUGCGGGACUUUACGCUGCACCUUAUAUCGCACAGCAACUUUGCAAACAACGUGACGGAGAUAGACGAGAACUUCAAGAAGUUCCUGAAGUACAAGAAGAUAGUUCCUGUUUUUGGCGCACUUAUUUUCAACUGCCAAAUGACGAAGAUUCUCCUCGUGCAGGGAUUCGGGGCCAAAAAGUCGUUUACUUUCCCCAGGGGCAAAGUGUGCAAGUCCGAGAAUGCGAUCGACUGCGCUGUCCGGGAGGUCUACGAAGAGGUCGGGUACAACAUCCGGGGGAAGCUUAUAUACGACCUGUGCCUGGAAACAGGCUCGAAGACCCGAGAGUCCAGGCUUUUUGCGAUCCUGAACGUCUCUGAGCAGACGACUGCGUUCGAGACAAAGACGCGGUGCGAAAUAAAGGACAUAAAGUGGAUAGAAAUUGACCACAUCGAAAAAACAGCGUGCGAGGCCUACUCGUACGUGAAGACGUACAUAAAGGACAUAAAGAAGCUUGUCUCGGAAAUAGAGAAGACCAAGCCCAGGCUAGACAUAAACAAAGUCAAAAAGGCUUUUGCCGUGCAAUAA